AUGAAUUACCAAAACGAAGAAGAAAUUAAGGCUUUGAUAGAAAAUCAAAAUGUUGGUCUAGCAGCAAUUAGACGAAUGCUAGGAUCUAAAACUUCAUAUGACAUGCUACCGGUUUCUUUUAAGUUAGUGGUCUUCGACACUACACUAUCUGUUAAACGUGCAUUAAACUUAUUACUACAACAUAAUAUCGUUUCGGCUCCGUUAUGGGAUGCCAAAACAUCUAAAUUUGCUGGGUUAUUAACUACUGGUGACUUCAUCAAUAUAAUUAAAUAUUAUUUCUCAAAUCCCGAUAGAUUAGAAAUAGUUGAUACAAUGACUCUUGGUGGAUUAGAAGAAUUAGAAAGAACUAUUGGGGCACCAUCAAUGGAUACGAUAUCCAUUCAUCCAUCAAAACCUCUAUUUGAUGCAUGUUUGAAAAUGUUAGAAUCAAGAAGUGGUAGAAUCCCUCUAAUCGAUCAAGAUGAAGGUACCAAUAGAGAAAUCGUGGUAAGUGUUUUAACUCAGUAUCGUAUUUUAAAAUUUAUUGCCUUGAAUUGUAGAGAAACUCAUUUAUUACAAAUCCCUAUAUCAGAACUAGGUAUAAUAUCUACAGAUAAUAUUCAUAGUUGCCAAAUGACAACACCUGUAAUUGAUGUCAUUGAUUGCUUAACUCAAGAAAAACUAUCAUCAAUUCCUAUUGUUGAUGAAAAUGGUGUUUUAAUUAAUGUUUAUGAAGCUGUUGAUGUUUUGGGACUAAUUAAAGGUGGUAUCUACAACGAUCUUUCGUUAAGUGUUGGUGAAACUUUAUUAAGAAGAAGUGAAAAUUUCGAAGGUGUUUGCACAUGUACGCCAAAUGAUAAGUUAUCCAAUAUCAUGAACACUGUUAGAAGAGCAAGUGUGCACAGAUUCUUUGUUGUAGAUGACAACUAUAAAUUGCUUGGUGUGUUGAGUUUGAGUGAUAUUUUAAAAUAUUUACUUCUCGGUGGCUCUACUAAUUCACCAUUAUAG